AAAUAUAUAUUAUAAAACAUUAUUUUUUAUUGCCAAACAAAUACACGUGCAUAUUGACAAAAUGCAUAAAAUGCUGGGCCGAUUGCAGUCGCACGUGCUGCGCCCGAAUACAAAUCUAUUAGCAACACGUGUGCGUACAGACUCGACAAAAGCCGCAACAAAAUUGGCGGCCACCUCCAAAGAUUUUCGUGAGCGCCAGGUGCGUUUCAACAUAAAAAAUGAUAAUAUUGAUGGCCGUCCGCUGUAUUUGGAUGCACAGGCCACUACGCCAAUGGAUCCAAGGGUGCUGGAUGCCAUGCUGCCAUAUUUGACCAACUACUAUGGCAAUCCACAUUCGCGCACACAUGCCUACGGCUGGGAAACAGAGCACGCGGUGGAACAUGCGCGCGACCAAAUUGCCAAACUUAUUGGCGCCGAGGCCAAGGAAAUUAUCUUCACAUCUGGAGCCACAGAGUCAAACAACAUAGCUGUCAAGGGCGUUGCACGUUUCUAUGGCACAAACAAGAAACAUGUGAUUACGACACAGACCGAGCACAAGUGUGUGCUCGACUCGUGCCGUGCGCUGGAGAACGAAGGAUACAGAGUUACAUAUCUGCCGGUGCAGGCGAAUGGCAUCAUAGAUCUGCAAGAGCUGGAUAAGGCACUUACACCAGACACCUCGAUGGUGUCCAUAAUGACAGUUAACAAUGAAAUUGGCGUAAAGCAGCCAGUGGAGGAAAUUGGACGCAUGUGCCGCGCCAAGAAAGUAUUUUUCCACACAGAUGCAGCGCAGGCAGUUGGCAAAAUACCAUUGGAUGUGAAUGCUAUGAACAUUGAUUUAAUGUCUAUAUCGGGGCAUAAAAUCUAUGGACCCAAAGGCGUAGGCGCUUUGUAUGUGCGUCGACGUCCGCGUGUGCGUCUGGAGCCCAUUCAAAGUGGUGGCGGACAGGAGCGUGGUCUGCGCAGCGGAACAGUACCAGCACCACUGGCUGUGGGCUUAGGUGCAGCAGCACAGCUUUCACAUGAGGAGCUGGACUACGAUAAAAAGUGGGUGGACUUUUUGUCAAAGCGACUGCUGGACAAGCUCACCAGCUCGCUGACGCAUGUGAUAAGAAAUGGCGAUGCAGAGCAUACAUACAAUGGCUGCCUGAAUCUAAGUUUCGCCUAUGUGGAGGGCGAAUCACUGUUGAUGGCUCUAAAGGAUGUGGCAUUGAGCAGUGGCUCUGCAUGCACUUCAGCGUCGCUGGAGCCUUCGUAUGUGCUGCGUGCCAUAGGCACAGACGAGGAUCUGGCGCAUAGUUCAAUACGCUUUGGCAUUGGACGCUUCACCACCGUGCAGGAGGUGGACUACACAGCCGACAAGUGCAUCAAGCAUGUGGAACGUCUGCGCGAAAUGUCGCCACUCUGGGAGAUGGUGCAGGAAGGCGUCGACCUAAAGACCAUACAAUGGUCACAGCACUAGGCUGUCUAUAAAUA